AUGCCCCAGAACCUUCAAGAGAGCCAGGCCUACCCCCGCCGCCGCCCUGGUCACCACACAGGCCAUAAAAGCUCUGAGGCUGUCGAAGCAACAGCCAUGUACACUUUCCUGCCCGACAACUUCUCUCCCUCCAAGCCCAAGCCGUCCAAAGAGUUGAGGCCACUACUGGGCUCCGCGGUGCUGGGGCUGCUGCUGGUGUUGGCCGCGGUAGUGGCCUGGUGCUACUAUAGCGCUUCCUUACGCAAAGCAGAACGCCUUCGCGCAGAGCUGCUGGACCUCAACCGUGGCGGCUUCUCCAUCCGAAACCAGAAGGGCGAGCAAGUCUUCCGUUUAGCCUUCCGUUCUGGAGCAUUGGACCUCGACUCCUGCAGCCGCGAGGGCGCCCUGCUUGGCUGCUCUCGCACGGCGGAUGGGCGCCCACUGCACUUCUUCAUCCAGACUGUGAGGCCCAAGGACACCGUCAUGUGCUAUCGCGUGCGCUGGGAGGAAGCAGCCCCAGGACGUGCGGUGGAGCAUGCCAUGUUCCUGGGCGAUGCGGCUGCUCAUUGGUAUGGCGGUGCUGAGAUGAGGACGCAACACUGGCCCAUCCGCCUGGAGGGCCAUCUGGAACCGCAGCCAUUUGUCACUAGCGAUGUCUACUCUUCUGACGCCGCAUUUGGGGGCAUACUUGAGCGCUAUUGGCUAUCAUCUCGCGCAGCUGCCAUCAAAGUCAACGACUCAGUGCCUUUCCACCUGGGCUGGAAUAGCACGGAGCGUUCGAUGCGGCUCCAGGCACGCUACCACGACACGCCUUACAAGCCGCCUGCUGGACGCACCGCAGCACCAGAGCUCAGCUACCGGGUAUGCGUCGGCUCAGACGUCACUUCCAUCCACAAGUAUAUGGUGCGGCGUUACUUCAACAAACCAUCGAGGGUGCCAGCGCCCGAGGCCUUCAGAGACCCUAUCUGGUCCACGUGGGCGCUCUAUGGGCGUGCUGUGGACCAGGAUAAGGUGCUGCGUUUUGCCCAGCAGAUCCGCCAGCACCGCUUCAAUAGCAGCCACCUGGAAAUUGACGACAUGUACACACCGGCCUACGGCGACUUCGAAUUCGACGAGGCCAAAUUCCCCAACGCCAGCGACAUGUUCCGCCGCCUGCGAGACGCUGGCUUCCGGGUCACACUCUGGGUGCACCCAUUUGUCAACUACAACUCCUCACGUUUCGGCGAGGGCGUGGAGCGUGAGCUGUUCGUGCGCGAACCCACAGGCAGGCUGCCAGCGCUUGUGCGAUGGUGGAAUGGCAUUGGCGCGGUGCUCGACUUCACGCGCCCAGAGGCCCGCGACUGGUUUCAGGGACACCUGAGACGCCUGCGUUCGCGCUACGCUGUGGCCUCCUUUAAAUUCGACGCGGGUGAAGUCAGCUACCUGCCGCGGGACUUCAGCACCUAUAGAUCGCUGCCUGACCCCAGCGUAUGGAGCCGGCGCUACACUGAAAUGGCUCUGCCUUUCUUCUCACUGGCCGAGGUACGUGUGGGCUACCAGUCACAGAACAUCUCAUGCUUCUUCCGCCUGGUGGACCGCGACUCGGUGUGGGGCUAUGAUUUGGGGCUGCGCUCGCUCAUUCCAGCGGUGCUCACCGUCAGCAUGCUGGGCUACCCAUUCAUCCUGCCAGAUAUGGUGGGUGGCAACGCAGUCCCUGAGCGCACAGCUGGCGGCAGAGAUGGUCCGGAGCGCGAGCUUUACGUGCGCUGGUUAGAGGUGGCCGCUUUCAUGCCAGCCAUGCAGUUUUCAAUCCCGCCCUGGCAAUAUGACGCAGAAGUGGUGACCAUUGCACACAAGUUCGCUGCACUGCGGGCCUCGCUUGUGGCACCGCUGUUGCUGGAACUCGCCGGUGAGGUCACGGACACUGGCGACCCCAUAGUGCGCCCCCUUUGGUGGAUCGCGCCCGGCGACGAGACAGCUCACCGCAUUGACUCUCAGUUCCUUAUCGGGGACACGCUGCUAGUGGCGCCGGUGUUGGAGCCAGGCAAGCAGGAGCGCGACGUCUACCUGCCUGCUGGCAAGUGGCGCAGCUACAAGGGCGAGCUUUUCGACAAGACGCCAGUGCUGCUCACUGAUUACCCCGUCGACCUGGACGAGGUUGCCUACUUCACCUGGGCGUCCUGACUCAGCCCAGGGCCCGGGAACCCCACAGCUCUAACCCUAGCUUUCAUACAGAUCUUUAACUCCAUCACACCCGAACACACAUUUCCGGAGAUCUCCACCUCUGUACUACCCAUUAUGUGGGUGUUGAACUAAAUGUGCUGGAGCCAACUGCUGUAGGUGGGACCGAAGCAGGGGACAUCAAAUCAACCUCUGGCACCAAUGCACAAUCCUAAUAGCUCCCUUUCCCUCCACACUUACUCCAGUUUACAGAAACCUCUUUCCUGAGGUGGAGUCAGAGAGCUCAGAGGAGAAAGAUUGGCUUUUUUUGUUUGUUUGUUUGUUUGUUACUUAUGGUCCGGUUUUAAAAGCACAAAGAGAAACCUCUCCCCUCCAUCCUGGCCUUCGUGGCCAUCUUUGUCCUCCUAAAAGUCCCCCAAAUAUUCCCUGCCACACUCAGAAAGUAUACAUUCUUGGUGUUAGAAGCCAGGCCCUGAGUUCACAGCACAUAUCUGAACUGUGGCUGACUUGGUUCUACUCCAGCUGGGGAGAAGUCAGGUGUUUCAACAAUUGACAAGGAGACAGGAGGUUCCCUCCUAGAGAACAGAAGGCCUAGCCCAGAGUCACCACUUUUGUCCCUGUUUGUGAAGAGACUCCUAAUAUUGCACUAACCCAUCUGUGUACACACAUGGGCUCAGUCACUGGCUAUAAGUGCUUGAUGGGCACAGACUCCAAGGCCAUGCAGACCACACUUAGUGCCUUAACUCAAGAACUGUGUGUGUGUGUGUGUGUGUGUGUGUGAGAGAGAGAGAGAGAGAGAGAGAGAGAAAGAAUGGCACACACCAUGGGUCCCUGAAUCCACAGAAUAAACACAGUAUCCCUGAAGCUAGAUAAGCCUGGAGGAAGGGGGCAAGGGGCAAAUUUGAGGCUUUGAUUGUUGACCUGCCCCCCCCCCCCGUGGUUUCCCUGGACUCUGGUAGGAAAUAAACAACUCUUAACUAUUCCUUUGGUAUCUCACUCUGCACAUGUGGCAGGAGUGUGACCUAAAAGUGAGCAGUGUUCUUAUUCUGGCAGUGGUAUGCUUUGGCACUGGAGCGGCAUGCACACAGUGACACCUGCCAAUACACAUACAGGGUAAGUAAGGUCUUUCAUCUCAGUCAUUUUUCCUUUUUGAGAAGAUCAAUCUCAGCCAGAGUUUCUCCUGACUUUGUAGCUGACUAUUGGGAAGGAGUGGCUUGUCAGAGGGGAGAUAUGGGAAAGCAGAGUGGAGCUCAGUUUUCCUCAACAGCUCUGACAGCAGAACUAGUGUCCCACCCCCUAGAGAAUUCUUCCCUUCACCCACCUCUCUAUCCCCUUUCUUUUCUUUAAAAAAAAUUUUUUUUUGUAGUCAUAUAUGUGGGUGUUGAGGAUUGAACCCAGUGCCUCACGCAUGCUAGGCAAGUGCUCUGCGGCUGAGCUACAGCCCUGGCCCCUCCUCUUUAUUUUCUUAGUGUGGAAAAUACCUGUCAAAGGUCUUGGGUCCUUCAAGAUGCACAUCUCAUUAGUGCCGAUUAUAUCACUCACUCAUCAAUCAGCUGUGUGAUCUUAAACAAGCUGCUUAAACUUAUCUCAGUUUCCUCAUACAUAAAAAGUGAUAAUGAUGCCUACCUCUGAGGUCAUUGUGAGAAUUAUAAGCACAGACUAUGUAAAGUGCCUGGCAUAAAGUAGGUGCUCAAUAAAAGGUAGCUAUUAUACCA